AUGGGCAAUGUUCUGGAUUCAGGAGUGCGGAUUCCAAGAGGGCUUUUUAUGCUUUCUUUCACAGACUUAGGAAAUUAUGACCAGUGCCUUGCAAUAGACGAAGAAGCCGAUGAGAUGAAAAUACAGGGGAAAUAUGCUGUUUUUACACUGCCCUUUAAUCAGACAUUGCAAUUCCCAUUUGUUAAUUUCACUCAAAGGAAUUUGGAGAAUAGAAAAUUUGUACAAUUUAAAAGCAUUAUUCAGGAAGUUCAGUCAAUAGCAGUUCCCAAUAUUGAUUCCGAUUCAUUGGACCCAGAAAAUCCUUUGUCUAUUGCUGGAAUGCGUUUCGCUGCAUGUAUGCCCAAGUCCUGUAGUUUGAACGACUGGUUGGAUAUGCCUUUUAUCAACAUUACUGCUUGGGGUAUUAAAGUUCAAAGGGAGUUCUACCGUCUACCCAAUGACAAACCCUGGGUUGGUGCCGAUUAUGCGGCUAUUGGAAUCUUAUCAGCCCUGGGUCUUAUAACAAUUCUUGCUACUCUUUAUGAUAUCAACCACAUCGUCAUUAAAAAGCAAGACCCAAAGAAAGCGAACACAUAUUACCGAAUAUUCUCAGUAUAUACUAAUACUCGCCGACUUUUGACCUUUGUACCAAACCCAAAUGCUUUGGAUUGCUUGGACGGAAUCAGAUCCAUAUCUAUGCUGUGGGUCAUUCUUGGUCACGCUUUUUCUAUGCACAACUUUCACGCAAACCUCACUGAUGCUCUGCUGUGGUUGACAAGCGCCGAUGCUAUAAUAAUUUCAACGGGCUUAUUCUCAGUAGAUUCUUUUCUAUUGAUGGCUGGGCUUUUGCUUGUCUACACAACUGUUGGAAAGCUAAGAGGAAAUCAACUGAUAAAGCGUCUGCAUUUAUUUUAUCUCAAUCGCAUUCUACGAAUGUUUCCGCUGUUGGCUAUCUUAGUUCUCCUAGAAGCCUCUUUACUACAUCGAAUAGGAGACGGACCUUACUGGGAAAAGGUUGCGUCAAAUACAGAAGCUUGUAGAACUUUUUGGUGGACUACUUUGUUGCACAUACAGAAUUAUGUCAACCCUGAAGACAUGUGCAUUAAACACUCCUGGUACAUUGCUAUUGAUAUACAACUGCAUAUCUUGUCACCAUUGGUUCUAUACUGGGUCUUAAGUAAAAACCGUAAAGCAGCUUGGACGUCACUAUCAACAUCAUUUUUAGCUGUAAUGACUGCUUCGACAAUUUUCAUUUUUAUGAAAGAUCUGCCAUCUACCAAUAUGACUAUACCACGUCUCGAAGAACAAACCUAUUAUAUGAAUGUUUUCUACAUGAAUACUUUGACAAGAGCUUCUCCAUUUUUAAUUGGAAUGAUAGCAGGAUACAUUAUAAAUAUGUAUAAAGGAAAAGAACUUAAACUGAAUAUGUUUUUCGUCAUAAUCGCUUGGAUUAUUUCACUUGCACUUAUUGGAUUCUGUUUUUAUGCUUCAUACGAGGUAAUGCAACUGGAUUGGGACGAUCAAGUUCUAGACAGUCUAUUUAAUGCAUUCAUGAGAGCAAUUUGGUCUAUUGGUUUGUCAUGGCUAAUAUUUGCCUGCGUCAAAGGAUACGGCGGGCCAAUAAAUUGGUUACUAACGCUUCCUAUCUGGAAACUACCAGCUCGGAUCUCAUUUGCGAUGUACUUAUAUCAUUAUCCCCUUAUGUUUAUGAUUGCUGGAAUGCAACUACAACCGACCUACUUCACUGUGUCAGGACGAAUGUACGACUUCCUGGCAUUUUUGUCUAUAUCUUUUCUGGUAUCAUUCGCUGUAACAGUGCUUGUGGAUGCUCCAUUUUCAGUAAUAAUCAAAAUAUUAAUGGAAGGAGGACAAAAACGCCCCCCAAAGCCAGCAGAAAAUGGAAGUCAUAAGACCGGUCCCUUGCCAACCAAAGACGUCUCUGCCUUAGAAAGGAACAUAAUCACAACACUACAAAAAGAUCCCUCUAUAAUGGAGAAAAACCAAGCCUUAGUAGGUGAAAAUAUAUCAGCUGAGAAGAAUGGUAUUCCGGUUCACAGUAACGGCGUGACCUCUGAAAAAAAUGGAUGUAUCCUGGAAACAUCUCCACUCAAUGAAGAAGUUUCCAAUGCAAAUGGUACUGUAAUUGUUAAAAAUGAUACAAUUUGUGAACCUAAUGGAAAAAUAGAUCACAAUGGGACUGGAAAAGAAGAACUUCAUGUUGAAUCGACCAAAGACAUAUCAAGAUUUUAA